CUGAUCAAUAAUACUGGGCAUGUGAAGCUCAUAAAUACAACCUAUUGAGACAGCUUAAACCCUUCACUCUUCAUUUCCUCCUGCCCUCUCUUGUUUGUAUGUUCCAUCAGAAUCUUGUUUCAGUAUCGUUGAAUCCACAUCCUAAUUAAAAUUAACCCUGCAAACAUGUUGAACGACCAAGUGGAUGCCACAAGUACCAGAGAAGAUGAUGAUGUACAUAUCAGAGACAUCCAUGCCCUAACCCCACCUCAGCCGGUCAAUCAUGUCCGUCCAAGAGAAACAUGGGAAACAAAUAUCCAUGGAUCAUCAUCUUUUUCCACAGGCAGUGAUGGCGCUUCCAGUGAGAAUUUUACAAGCAUAAGUAGAGAAUUCAAUGCUUUAGUGAUUGCAGGGUCUGCAAUAACAGGGAACAAUAUUAAUGGAAACAACAACAACAACAACAACAACAACGAUGACACGAGCAACGGAUCAAACAACUUGGCUAGGAUUGGCGAGGAUGAUGAUCAUAUGUUCGAGGAAACCAACCCGUUGGCUAUUGUACCCGAUAAUAACCCUAUGAACCCUGUACCAUCCCCUAGGUAUACCGGUAGUGCAAGUAGCCAUAGUGAGGUGUCUGUGCAGAGAGUGAAGAAAGAGGAAGCUGAGACGAAGAUAUCUGCGUGGCAGACCGCUAAGAUUGCCAAGAUUAAUAACAGGUUGAAGCGUGAGGACGCCAUCAUCAGUGUUUGGGAGAGAGAGCAGGUUCAGAAGGCCACUUCACGGAUGAAGAAAGUUGAGAGGAAGCUGGAGGAGAAAAGAGCAAGAGCGUUGGAAAAAAUGCAGAACGAAGUAGCAAAAGCACACAGGAAAGCAGAGGAAAGGAAGGCAUCAGCAGAGGCCAAGAGGGGUUCCAAAGUGGCUAGGGUUCUUGAAAUAGCCAACUUGAUGAGAGCUGUUGGAAGACCUCCUGCCAAGAGGGCCUUCUUUUAAGCAUAUGCUACAAGAGUCCCUUCACCUUUCAAGUAUAGUUAUUCUAUAUAAAGGGGAAUAUCUUCAAACAAACAUAGAACUACAUACUUUUAAUUUAGAUUCAACUAUUCAAGUAUGUGGACUUCUUUGGUCUGUGAGUGAUAGUGUGGAACCAAUUUUCUUGUCUUGUACAGCAUCCGUAUCCUAUAUGGGUAAGCUUAAGAAUUUCAGUUUUGUGCA